UUUUGGCGGGAAACAUAUUUGUAAGCUCCUUAGUCAGGACUGGAUCUGUGUGGAACAGGAGAGUGGCAGCCCUAUCAUAUAUCCAUCGUUACUGGGUGUAAGCAGUUGCAAUUACAGAGGUUAAUGAAAGGUGGCAAAAACAGUCUUUGCUUUUCAUGAAAGCAAUGGAGGAUCAGGUUGUUGAAGAAGAAGUAGGAUUUCAUGAUGAGGAGUCAUUUUUCCAUGAUAUUGAAAUGUUACAGAAGCAAGGAAUUAAUGUGGCAGACAUAAAGAAGCUGAAGUCUGUAGGAAUCUGCACAAUCAAAGGAAUACAAAUGACCACCAGAAAGGCCUUGUGCAACAUUAAGGGACUUUCUGAAGCAAAAGUGGAAAAAAUAAAAGAGGCAGCAAAUAAAGUAAUUGAACCAGGUUUUCUCACUGCUUUUGAAUACAGUGCAAAAAGAAAGAUGGUGUUCCACAUAUCAACUGGAAGCCAUGAAUUUGACAAAUUACUAGGAGGAGGCAUAGAAAGCAUGGCAAUAACAGAAACAUUUGGAGAAUUUAGAACUGGAAAAACACAGAUUUCACAUACAUUGUGUGUUACAUCUCAACUUCCUGGACCAAAUGGGUAUACAGGAGGGAAAGUGAUCUUCAUUGAUACAGAACAUACAUUCCGCCCGGAUCGCCUGCGUGACAUAGCUGAUCGAUUUAGUGUAGACCAUGAUGCAGUUUUGGACAAUGUCUUAUAUGCCCGGGCAUACACUAGUGAGCACCAGAUGGAACUCUUAGAUUACGUAGCAGCUAAAUUUCAUGAAGAGCCUGGCAUUUUUAAGCUUUUGAUCAUUGAUUCCAUCAUGGCUCUAUUCAGAGUAGAUUUCAGUGGUCGAGGAGAGUUGGCUGAACGACAGCAGAAACUGGCUCAGAUGCUGUCCAGGCUUCAGAAAAUCUCUGAAGAAUAUAAUGUAGCUGUAUUUGUCACAAAUCAAAUGACUGCUGACCCUGGAGCAACCAUGACAUUCCAGGCUGACCCUAAAAAACCAAUAGGGGGUCAUAUUCUGGCCCAUGCUUCUACCACAAGAAUAAGUUUAAGGAAAGGAAGAGGCGAGUUGCGUAUAGCUAAAAUCUAUGACAGUCCCGAAAUGCCAGAAAAUGAAGCUACGUUUGCCAUUACGUCUGGGGGUAUUAAUGAUGCCAAGGAAUAAUCAUUGCUAUCACCACUGAAGCAACACAGAGACUUCUUGUCAUAUUGUCAAAUAUUCUGUUCUACAACCUGCAAGAUAAAACUUUGCAAUAUAAUAUAGAUAUUUCAUAAUGUUCUGCUUUUUUGUUUUCCUGUUGUAUGUUAAAGCUUGUUAGAAACAUGGUUCAUUUUAAAUGGAUAACGCAUGCCUGUAUGAGCAUGACCCCCUUUAUCAAGCAUGCUAUGCUUGAUAAAGGGGGUCACCCCGAAACGUUGCAUGCUGCAAUACACUUAAUAAAUUAGCAAGGUUUUUCCUUCUAGUAUCACCUGUGUGCCAGUGAAUUUUCUUGGAUCUGUUGAAAGUGGGGUAGCCGAUUCCUCCAUUGCUGUGCACCAGGUAUCACUGUUUGAGAAGGCCAGGGUGUGCGAGUGCAACUUGAUUACUUUCCAGUAUUAACAUGACCCCACGGGGUUUCAGUUGCAGAUGUAUUCUAAAUGUUGCUUUUAAUAAAAAUAAAAAUGAA